CACUCCUGUCAGGACAGUGUGUGUGUAAGGAAACGCCGGCGUCUUGCUGCCAGCCCCGGAGGGCUGCACUGGAAUGCUUCAGGCUCAGUGCUGCGUGAAUAUGAGCGAGGAGAGGCGGCUGGCGCUUUGCAGGUGAAACGUGUCCCUAAACCUUUGGAGUCUGCGAAGCUGGGUGCAGAGCUGUGGGGGGACAGAGCGGCACUCAGGAAGUGUGUGUCGGUGGAUGACAGGCUGCUGCAGCAGACGCCCACAGAGCCCGACACACUGCUGAGCCGCCUGGAGAGAGGAAAGAAGAAACUCAGGAACAUCCACAGCCUUGGGGAGACUGGAAGAUACGAAACCUGUAAAAAAUCCGAGAGCAAGAUUUCCCGCCUGGCUCAGAGACUCAACCAAAGGCAGAGAGAUGCUGCGCUGAUCAAGGACUUUCGACCGCUUCUCUUCUUCAGCGUUUCUCCUGGGAGCUCACAGAGCCUUGACAGGAGCUUCUGUGUUAGUAUGACCCAGCAGAUGCAGAACCUCCAGCUGACCCACAGUAAGAAGGGGGCUGCUCCUUCCUCCCCCAGUGCAGCCAAGCGCCUUUACCGUAACCUCUCCGAAAAGUUCAAGGGCAGCCACUCGUCCUUUGAGGAUGCUUACUUCUUUGGCCGCUCUGAUCGCAUCCGUAAAGCCUCGAAUAUUCAGAGCAGUGAGGCUCUAUUCGAGGCUGUGGAACAGCAGGACCUGGACGCUGUACAGAUUCUUCUGUUCCAGUACACGGCAGAUGAACUGGAUCUCAAUACGCCCAACAGCGAAGGCCUGACCCCGCUCGACAUCUCCAUCAUGACCAACAAUGUGCCAAUAGCCAAGCUGCUGCUCAAAGCAGGGGCCAAGGAGAGCCCACAUUUUGUGAGUCAGGAGAGCCGUGAGGCUCAUCUCUCAGUGCUGGUGCAGGAAGCUCAGAGGCGAGCGAGCGAGCUCUCCACACAGGUGAUGAGAGAGAGCCUCAGUCUGGAGACAUCAGACAAGGAGAAGCAGCUCAAGGCCUGGGAGUGGAGAUGCAAACUCUACAAACGCAUGCGCACUGGAUUUGAGCACGCACAGGUUCCAGAGACUCCGACAGCUGUGCGUUUGACUGUGAGCAGCAGCACAUCUCUUACUGUCACAUUUCAGGAGCCAGCCAGCAUCAAUUCAGCUGUGGUUACAAGAUAUAAAGUGGAGUGGAGCUGUCUGAAUGACUUCUCUUUAUUAGCUGGAGAACUGAUCCUUGAAAAUCUACAGUGUCUUAAAUGUACAAUAACAGGCCUUACAACGGGGAGGCAAUACUAUGUUCGUGUAUCUGCCUACAACAUGAAGGGCUGGGGGCCAUCACAACUCGCUCAACCCCCUUGUGCUGUUCCCUCCAAUUGGAAGGAGAGCGAUGGUAGAGAGUCCCGGCGGAGAGGGCACAUUGAGGCCAUGGAGAGACUACUCCAGCAAGUCCGUGCCACACACCAACACUACAGCUGUGCAGACACUGCGAAGCUGCAGAACCCCAGUCGCAAGCAAUCCGUCUCUAGAAGCCUGAAACAUCUCUUUCAUUCCUCCACUAAAUUUGUCAAAACUCUCAAAAGGGGGAUCUACAUAGCCGCGGUGUUUUAUCAUAAGGACAGUCUGCUGGUGACUAAUGAGGAUCAGAUACCCAUCGUGGAGGUGGAGGACUCCUACAGCAAUUCCCUCAUGCAGGACUUUCUGUGGUUUACCAAGCUUUCGUGUAUGUGGGAGGAUGUCCGAUGGCUCAGGCAGAGCAUGGCUAUUUCCGCCUCGUCCUCGUCCACACUGCAGUCCAGGCAGAAGAUGCUGGCUGCCGCCGGCCAACUACAGAACCUUCUUGGCACGCACAACCUAGGCCGCGUCCACUACGAGCCUAUUAAAGACCGCCAUGGCAAUGUGCUGCUAGUGACAAUCAGGGAGAUGGACAGCUCUUAUUCCUUCUUCAACGGGAAGUGGAUGCAGGUGUCCAAACUACAGAGCCAGAGAAAGUCUCUGUCCACCCCUGAAGAGCCCUACGCCCUGGACAUUCUGCUCAUCACUAUACAGGAUAUCCUGGCGUAUCAGCGGCGAAGUCAGCACCGUCUUUCUCCAGGCCUGUAUCUGGGCUACUUGAAGCUCAGCAGCUCUGUGGAUCAGAUCAAGGUGCUGGUCCCACAGCGAACACCCAGCAUGCUUUGCCAUUCCAGGAUACGGGACAACUGGAAUGUCUCCAGAGAUGAGUGGGAAUGGUUGAAUACUCUGUCUGGCCCCGAGGAGGUGGAAAGAGCAGAUCAGGCAGCAGACUGCAACGCUCCCUCGCUCUUCUGCGAGCUCCAGACAGCCAUUAAGAGUCUGCUGCACCAGAUCAAUCUACCUCUGCACCAGGCUAAGCACUUCCGUCUCUACACACAGGAGGUGCUCGAGUUGGGUCACAAUGUGUCCUUUCUUUUGCUGCUGCCUGCCUCAGACGCCGUGUGCACUGCCCCGGGCCAGACCAAUCCCUACACACCCCACUCGGGCUUCCUCAACCUCCCUCUUCAAAUGUUUGAGCUCGGUACACUGGCUUCUGUUUCAAGCUCUACAAUAUUAGCUCAGUUGGCCUUAUAAAAUCCACAGAUUCCUUUCUCCCCCAGACCAAAUCCACCCCCCCCCCCCCCCACCCCCAUGCUCCUCUGCGUCCAAUC